UGUUUGCAAGGUAACUUCCUCCUCCAAUCCUGGCUUUUUGCCUUCGUGGAUUGGAGUGCGAGUUGUGAAGCUCCAGACAGUUCUGGUGUGUAAAGGGGAACAACGUUACCAAAUGUAUCAGUAUCUUUAUCUUUCUCUCUCCUAAAUAUCGCGUGAAUGUGUCCCUUUUUUUCUUUCACCGAACUGACGACGGGCGAUGAUGUUGGCGUCAUGUAGGCUCUGCUUUUUAGACUUUGGAAAACAAACAGGGUAUUGUCGGUGAAUUCUCGGGAGAUGGCAGAGUAGAUCGACCUGCGCCAGUUACCGAGCCCUCAUAAAGCAGUUUGAAUAAUAAACUGCAAGGUCUACAAUGACGGUUGAGGACAUGUUUCUUUUGGCUUUGAUUGUCCUGGUCCUUCCCUGUUCUAGCUUGGAAGGUGAUAUCAGUGCGAGAAACUCUGAAUGUUUAUGUGACGGAGCUUCCUGCAAAAAUGGGGACCGGUGUUUUGGCCAGCAGUGCUUCACCUCCCUCUCCAUACUGAACGGGACAUCGGUCUUUCAAAAAGGCUGCAUUGUAGGUAAAGAGGAAGGGUCCUCACAGUGCAGAAGCCCGCCAACUCCUGAGCUGGUUGUAGAGUGCUGCUACGGGGAUUUGUGUAACAUGAACGUCACCUUGCAGUCACCUGUGAAAGAUAUAGAAAUGUCUGCUGGCAGACCAGUCCUCAGAGACCAGGAGUGUGUGUGCGAGGGUGGCGUGUGUGAGCGUGACCAUCGCUGUGGAGGCCAGCAGUGUUUUUCCUCUCUGAAGAUGAUUGAUGGGGUGGCAGUCCAACAGAAGGGCUGCCUGAGGGACGACAAGGAGGGCAGAGCCACCUGUGCCAUGCCACCCUCAUCGGCCCAUGUUGUCAAGUGCUGCCAGGGCCAUCUGUGUAACAUGAACGUCAGUGUGCAAGCUCCAGGGAAAGGAUCUUUUGCAGAGGAGGAAGUAAAGCCUCUGAUCAAAGAGGAGCAUCAAUGUGUGUGUGAGGGCAGCUCAUGUGUAACAGGAAGUCGCUGCAUGGGCCACCAGUGUUUUUCCUCUCUGACAGUCAGCGCCGGCUCCCAGGUUUACCAGAAAGGCUGCUUUAAGGUCUAUGAGCAGAGCACGUUGACGUGCAAGACCCCACCUUCCAGAGACCAGAUUGUGGAGUGCUGCCAUGGCCACCUGUGUAACAUGAACAGCACUGUGAAGUUACUCAAAGCUGAUGAGCUAUCCAGCUACAGUGUGACCACACUAGCUAUCGUCAUCAUGGCGCCAAUCAUCGUCCUCAUCAUCCUCUCUGCUAUCGCUAUCCUGGUCUUCAGACGCAUCCACAACAACCAAAUGGAGAGACUAACAUCGCGAGAUGCUGAAUAUGGAACUAUUGAUGGCCUUAUAGCAUCCAAUGUGGGGGAGAGCACGCUGGCGGAUCUUCUGGAUCAUUCCUGCACGUCAGGAAGUGGCUCAGGACUCCCUUUCCUUGUUCAGAGAACUGUUGCACGACAAAUCACACUCAAUGAGUGUGUGGGUAAGGGCCGUUAUGGUGAAGUGUGGAGGGGUCAGUGGCAGGGAGAGAGUGUCGCCGUCAAAAUAUUCUCCUCCCGAGAUGAGAAGUCCUGGUUUAGAGAGACUGAGAUCUACAACACGGUGUUGCUGAGGCAUGAGAACAUCCUGGGCUUCAUAGCCUCAGACAUGACCUCAAGGAACUCCAGUACUCAGUUGUGGCUGAUCACUCACUUCCAUGAGAUGGGCUCCUUGUACGACUAUCUUCAACUCAGCACUCUCGAUGCAUCCAGCUGCCUCCGCAUGGCGCUCUCCAUCUCAAGUGGCCUGGCACACCUCCAUGUUGAGAUCUUCGGCACUCAGGGCAAACCGGCAAUCGCCCACCGAGACCUCAAGAGCAAAAACAUAUUGGUUAAAAAGAAUGGACAGUGCUGCAUUGCUGACCUUGGUCUGGCGGUCAUGCAUUUUCAAGACACCAACGAGUUAGAUGUGGGGAACAACCCUAAAGUGGGCACAAAGCGCUACAUGGCCCCUGAAGUGCUCGAUGACUCCAUCCAGAUGGACUGUUUUGAGUCCUACAAGAGAGUGGACAUCUGGGCCCUGGGUCUCGUCCUAUGGGAGAUCGCCAGGAGGACAGUCAGCAAUGGUAUUGUAGAAGACUACAAGCCACCUUUUCAUGACGUGGUCCCAAGUGAUCCCAGUUUUGAGGAUAUGAAGAAGGUUGUGUGUGUGGAUCAGCAAAGGCCCAAUAUCCCAAACAGAUGGUUUUCAGACCCUACUUUAACCUCCAUGGCUAAACUUAUGAAGGAGUGCUGGUACCAGAAUCCCUCAGCCAGAUUAACAGCCUUACGCAUCAAAAAGACUCUCACAAAGAUCGACAACUCUCUGGACAAAAUAAAAACAGACAUUUGAGCCUGCCUCCAGAAAGAGAGGCAGAUGAACUUAAAGAUCUUUGAAGAAAUCCAGAGGGGGUGGGGGGGCCCAUCUUAGAGAAACAUCACAAGACAAGAGACUUGGUGGGUUCAGUGCCCUUAUAGUGGCACAAACCUAUAUUUAUUUUAACACUUUGCCGGACACAUUUUGGCAUCCAAAGAUGGCUUACCGAGCAUUUCGGAGACUGCCAAUGGUCUUGAAAAAAUGAAAAUAUCUAUUCAACUUAUGACAUAGGAGCUGGACUGUUAGCAAUGUUUUUCAAAAGAAGAAACUGUUACCUGGGCAUUUGAGUAGGCUUGCUUUAGUUAGAUCUGCAGAUUUUGUUUGACACAUUUUUUUUAGUUUGAAAUGUCUGAACAUAUUACCAAUAUCAUCUUAUCUCUUUAAUUGUACCGAACUGUUCAUUUGCAUUAAGGGAGAUUAAUUCGGAAAAGAAGUCAUCUUGCCAAAUGAAUUUCCCAAUUUAAUCUGUAUUACUUUCUUGAACAGUGAUCACAGUGAGUAGUGUUAUGUUUUACUUUGUGUGUCACGCACCUCUGUUAACAAUGCUGUCAGAACAAGUUUCUUGGGAUCUCACCAAUCCCCUAACGUUUAGUUUUACAGCUGCAUUUAUGGCACUGUUCUUCGGUUGAUAUCGUCCAACUAUUGGCACUCUGCCGCAAACCUUUUGUAUAUCACCAUGGAUUUUACAUUGAAUUACCUGUACCUGUUUUAUGUUUUGUUUCUUCAGCUUUACAGAGACAAAUGCUAAAAGAACAAAUAAAAUAUCUGCUAGAUAAUGAACUCUAUUUCUCCAGAGGCCUGUAAGUUAGCCUGUAAUGCCUGUAUACUGUCACGUGUAUUGUCAAGUAAAUGAAGUCAAACUUCAGCCUUUUUUUAUUUCUUUAACAUUUUUUAUCAAUUAGGGAUUUAUUUUAAUUAAAUAGAAAAAAA